CCGGCGUGCCCAGGGAGCGGGACAGGGGAGCGGGGACAGCGCUGCCACAGCCCGGCGUGCCCAGGGAGCGGGACAGGGGAGCGGGGACAGCGCUGCCACAGCCCGGCGUGCCCAGGGAGCGGGACAGGGGAGCGGGGACAGCGCUGCCACAGCCCGGCGUGCCCAGGGAGCGGGACAGGGGAGCGGGGACAGCGCUGCCACAGCCCGGCGUGCCCAGGGAGCGGGACAGGGGAGCGGGGACAGCGCUGCCACAGCCCGGCGUGCCCAGGGAGCGGGACAGGGGAGCGGGGACAGCGCUGCCACAGCCCGGCGUGCCCAGGGAGCGGGACAGGGGAGCGGGGACAGCGCUGCCACAGCCCGGCGUGCCCAGGGAGCGGGACAGGGGCCCAGGGGAGCGGGGCGGGCCCCUCGUGCUGCCGCGGGUCCCUGGGUGUCCCACGGGGCUCGAGGGGGCCGGCCCGGGGGCUCUGAGGGAACUCGCCGCAGCUUCUCUGCCGGAGCCUCUCGGCGGUGACGGCGCCCGUCUGUUCGUGCCUCUGCACUCCGGGAGAGCUGGCACUCGGCAGGGAAGCAAUGUUCUAAGCAUGUCAUCAGGCAUCCAAAUAAAAACAAAAACUGCAGCACCUAAAAGCAAGACACAUUCUCCAGAAUUGCAGCCAAAGCCCAGUGACAAGCUGAAUCCUAAAACUAUUGAUCCAUUUCAUGCUUAUUCUCAACCACAAUCUGCAUUUGCUGCUACAUAUGCUAGAGGUGGCAUUCCAUGCAGGUUAGUGCAUGGAUCAGUAAACCACAAACUGCAGUGGGAAUGCCCUCCUGAAACUCUUCUCUUUGAUCCUCUUCUUUUAACAUUGGCAGAGGGACUAAGAGAGACAAAACAUCCCUAUACUUUUGUUUCCAAGGAGGGUUUUAAAGAAUUACUUCUGGUUGAAGGUGCUGCUGAAAAAGCUAUUCCCUUGUUGCCUCGUCUAGUUCCAGUCUUAAAGGCUGCACUGGCCCAUGUGGAUGAUGAAGUUUUUGGAAGGGGAUUGGAUGCUUUAGUGCAAUUGAGUGCUGUUGUUGGCCCAUCUCUUAAUGAUCAUCUGAAACUUCUACUCACAAAUCUUUUAAAGAGAUUAAUGGACAAGAAAUAUAGAGAAAAAGUUACUGUUGCUUUACAAAAGUUGGAGCACCAUGGUGGAAAGGCAACUGUGGCUAUCAUCAAAUCGAAAAUUCCAACCUAUUGUUCUAUCUACUCUUGAACAAGGAAAUGGUAGUGAUUUGUACUCUAAGGUGAAGUGUGGAAACAAACUGUCUGUAAAUAUCGCUGACACUUAUUUGGGGUAUGAUACAUUCGCUUAAAGUAAUAAUAAUUCUUCAGUAUGAUGGAGUGCAGGAGUCUUACCAGUUUGUGAAUAUGUAAUUAUGGAAGACUUUAUAUAUUGUAUAGGCAUUUGGCUUACAAUGACACUGAUUAAUGUGCUAUUAUUUCAA